GCACUUUCAAACCCUCCCCUUAUCCGCUACACACUGGUCACUUUCUCAACUUGCGGCAGUUCUGAACUUGGAUUCAAUUAAAAGGGCAUCCAAUGAGGGAGGUUGUGGCGGCGGAUCCGCCGUGCCGGAGCGGCAGAUUCUUAACAGAGCGGUGCCGGAAUCAGGAUCGGAGCCCGAAGGAGAACUUCCGUGUUCUGUGGAGAAAGCAGAGACCGAACCCGGCGAAGAUGACGGCCCGGAUUGGGACUGCUUCCUCUUACUCUUCCAAGAUCAGCACUAACAUUCCUCUCUAUGAACUGCCAGGGGCUUCGUUCGAUCGAUAUUUGGAGGAUAAGCCCAGAGUUUUCAAGGCUAUAUUUCCAGACAAAAGGAGGAGCCAGCAACUCAAUGAGGAAGAAUGGAGAAUUCACAUGCUACCUGUACAUUUCCUAUUCCUAUCUGCUCUGCCAGUGGUUGACAUGAGAUUGAGAUGUAAAUCCAAAGGGAUUGGAUACCCACCCGGCGUCCCUACUGAUGUCUCUAAGGUUCUUGAGCUUGACAUUGUCAGAUGGAAGCUUCAGGGACUGGACGAUAUUAUGGAGCCAUCUCAAUUUACACUUGGUGUCAAAGGGGCUCUCUACCCUGACAGGCGUGGAUCAGGAAGCAGGCUUAAGGGGCAGUUGCAGAUGAGUAUAAGCUUUGUUCUUCCUCCCGUGCUUGCUUUGCUUCCCGAGCAUGUUCAUAAAGAUGUUGCAGACUCGGUUCUAAGAAGACUACUGGAGAACAUGAGGAACAAAGUAAAUGGUUGCUUGAUUGCCGAUUACAAUGAGUUCAAGAGGGAAACCUCUCGAGUCUAAGUCUAUGACUUGUUAGUUCAAGCUGACACUAUGAUGGGAACGAACAAGACGUCGAGAACUCAAAGGUCCUAUGCAAAAUUUGAGCUUUACGCCUCUGCAGAAAUGAUGACAACAUGCCAUGCAGGGAAAUUACAAUAAAGGACUACAGCAUUC